GUCAACACACAACGAGAUGGAAAAGAACAGGCGUGCCCAUCUGCGGUUGUGUUUGGAGAAGCUGAAAGGGCUGGUACCGCUCGGACCCGAAGCCAGCAGACACACCACCCUGAGUUUACUAACGAAAGCUAAAUUGCACAUCAAGAAGCUUGAAGACUACGACAGGAAAGCCGUACACCAAAUAGACCAGCUGCAGCGGGAGCAGCGGCACCUGAAAAGGCAGCUGGAGAAGCUGGGGAUAGAGAGGAUAAGGAUGGACAGUAUCGGAUCCACUGUUUCUUCAGAGCGCUCGGACUCGGAUAGAGGUGAGACCCCGCGCUCGGGGCGGAGCGGGGCUGGCUG